UGUCCUCCCACUCUCCACAAAACAAAUCCAGAACACGGGCACACAGAUCGGCACAUAUAGAUCGGCACAUACAGAUUCGAAGCUCUGAAUUCCUCUCGGGAUUAAUAAAGUAUCCAUCUAUCUAUCUAUCCAUCUAUCAAUAGUUAAAGCAAGUUGUCUACAUCUGCAUCUCGGAUCAACUCUAUUCUGAGAAGAAAAGUCGAUAUUUUUUAAGGAAUCAUGUCGAAGAAUUUGGCAGUACUUGCCAUCAUCUUUAUAUUGCAAGGGUACAUACAAGGUUCCACACCACCACCAGAGAGUGAAUCUCCAGGAGUUAUACAGCGCUCCAGAGAUUUAUAUUGGUCAACCGUGGAGCGUGUGCAGAGCGUUGGGGAGAUGGUGAAGGGCUUAGCUGAGAUGUACUAUGAGGACCAUGUGAAGGGACGCGUGGACCCUUACCUCACUUGGCCCUCGUUCAACUACACCUCCGCAUGGAACAGAGUCAAGGCCAGGGUGCCAUGGAGUAGCGGAGACUAGCUGCAGCCAGGUCCCGGGCCCAUAAGCAUCAGUCAGCGGUCCCCCCCCCCCCCCCCCCGGCGCACAUUUAGGCUAUCCAUCAUCUUAAGUGGAAUUGAUCUGGGGCCUUCAAUAAUAUGUAACUUGUGGGGUUUAAUGGGUUGCGGAUCGUACGGUGACGGUAAUAAAUAUGUUGAUAAAGACAA